AUAGGCGCCACUAAAGGAGGUUAUACAUGUACUGCUGUCAAAAAUCAGCUCAUUUUUGUAAAAGGACAUUGCCUCUUCAGCUAAGCUUGGAUACAACAUAACGCCGUUGGGCAGACGUCAAUGUGUCAAAUAGAGUUACAGUGUAACAAUUGGUAUCUCUCAAAGCUUAACAUCAGGUUUAAAAGCUGCUUGUUAUGGUCACACGGAUGGGGUUGGUAUUGCCUCAGCUUGCAUUGUGAGAAAUUGCACCCCCACUGGGCAAUGCACCAUCAUGUCGACUCUUCGGACUGUCCUGUCCCCGGGACCAACGCACCUCCAGCCCCGUGGCUGUUUUGUUGCCGUCACGCUCCACCUCACGCGCACAACGGACGUCGGGAAACUAAUCUCGCACACUCGGCACGUUAUUGUCCGUUCCUCCCAUUCGCCAUUCAUCCACCGUUUGAUAAAUUGGUCCACCUUUCAACCUACAUCGGGGCAGUCAGGUGCCUUUCUGGCAUAACUUCUGCGUUCGUAUCGCAGUGACAACAGGCAUUGUGCAACUCCUUUCCGCAUGAAAUAACACGGGUUAUGCGGCCGCUCAUCAAAAUGUGUCGAUAAUUACCGAGAUGGGGUCGGUAUUACAUUAUCCCAGCUCGUAAAAACCGAGAACUGAUCUGGUUCGUAUCUUAGAAGCAUUGUUUGUAGUCGACUACAUGUACAUACUUUGAGCAUCCCUCGAAAAGCACGCGCACAAACUCCGACCUCGUCCAUCCACGCAAGCUUGAUAUCUACACACUUUACUGCUCCGAGUUGAUGGUUGGACAACGUAAAUAGAUAUUGCGAUACGCAGAUACUGCAGAUGGGUGAAAAGUCUGCGUUUUCGAGGAGUAUAGACGGAGAACUGAAAGUGACUAAAUGAUCUCCAUGAGUAUGGGCCCAUCACACGCCAUGUCUCCCUACGCUGUUCCGGCCAUAACCAUCUCGCCCCCAACCAGCCCCAGGGAGGGGAGUUUCCCGAGGCGCGGUGCGUCCACCGAUCUCGCAACCAUCAAAGAAACCGAAACAUCGACACCCACGAACUCACAGUACGAUCCCAGCAACCUCUUGUCACCGCAGUACACGCCGCCAUCUUCAACUCCCGAGUGCAACGGCGAACUGUCGUCGGAUAACGAGGACGAGCUGGACAAGCUCAAGUCCAUGGCCACACGGUUGAGGUUGAGCACCCGACGGCCGUCCUAUGUCGAGUGGUGCGAAAACUUGCCAAAGUGGCGGGACUUGAACGGGAACACGAAGAAAGAACAAUGCGAUGACGAGAAAGAAGAUUGGAGGUCUUUUAAAGAGAGACGGGACAGGUUGGAAGAGAAAAUGCAGUGGGUGCGACAAGAACUGAUCGAGAUGAAAUCCCAGGACCACCGUCUGGCCAUCCAGCUGAUGAGGCUCCGCUCCGAGAUCCAGCAGCUCCGCUUACACAAGAUCUAUAACGAGCACCAGGAGCUGAUCGACACGGCCACCGAGUGCGCCCACGAGGAUCGAGACACCUCCCAAUCCCAGUUCCAGUCGGCCCUCUGCGACCCGCCGUUCCGGAGCAAUGGGGUGCUACUGGCCCUGGAGAAACCUCUCAAGGACGUGGGCGUGACGAGGUUGAACCUUUUCGCCAGGAGGUUCUCUCUGAGCUGAAGACAUUGCCCUUUAUCCUCUCAAAAGUUUUGGAGGAUCUUUUAGGAUUCAGGAGUGUUCAAACCUUAAAACCUAACAGGGCAUUACAUGAUUGAUAAUGUACAAACGUCACCCAAGAAAAAAAGACGUGGGCGUGACGUUGUUAAACCUGAGCUUCUCACUGUGCUGACGACACGGACACUUUCAUGGCCGUACCCUUCAAAACCCAACAUCAGAUUUUAGAGGUUUUUGCAGGAUUGCGUGAGGUACAAACAUUGUCUAAGAGAAACCUCUCAAUGACGUUGGCGUGACGAGAUUGAACCUCUUUGCAAAGAGGAUCUCACUGUGCUAAAGACACUGACUUUAAUCCUCUCGGAUCAUUUAACAUCAAUCAGAAGGUCUGGGGAAAUUUGAAGGAUCGGAUAAGCAACGAACCUCUUCCUGGGGAAAAAACUCAAAGAGGUAGGCGUGACGUGGCUGCAUCUCUUCGCAUGGAGGUUCUUGUAGAGCUAAGGACAUGGACCUUAAUCUUCUUAUAAGAUACUUCAGAAUCCCUCCAGCUUUAGAUGAUUUUACGGCAUUGAGCAAGGUACCAAUAAGGUACAAACCAAAUCCAAAAGAAACAUGUCAAGCACGUGGUUGGAGUGAUGUGCCCCAACCUGUUCGAUAGGAGGUUCUUGAUGUGCUGACAAUAUUAAGACCCUAACCCUAACAGAUCCGUAACCUCCACCAGGAAUGUUUUGGAGCAUUUUUUUGCAGGAUUGAUGAAGGUCCAGUCAGUAUAACUUGGUAUCGGGAUUCGGGAUUGAUUACCCUUGAAAGAUAAAGUUGGAUCGUGAUUAUGUGACCAAUUUUUGAGGCUUUUAAGGAAAGUCCCUCAAACCUUGGUAGAAAAAAUGCUGGAUUAGUG